AUGACAUCUGCACCUACCUCUCCUACAAUCAUUUGGCCGGCGAAGUUUCUUCCCGGUACCACCGACAAUUUUGUAAGCAAUGAGACCAUAGUCAAAGGCCUCUCCUCAGCAGACAUCUGGAAAUAUCUCGCCGACAUCACCAAAUGGGAGUCUUACUACUGGAACUGCUCGAAAAUCACUCCUCCAGACUCUGGACCAUUCCUUGAAAAAGGCGACAAGUUCAGCUUCUCAACUUUUGGCUUCCCACCUUUGCCUUCUGAGGUCUACGAAUCAGUCAAGCCGUCGAAAACGGAGGUUGGUCGCCUCGCUUGGCGAGCGAUAUCUGACGGAGAUGGCGACGGAGAUAAAUCGGUUGACGUUUACCAUGCUUGGGUGAUUGAGGAUCUUGAUCAGGACCGUGUCAGGAUCUUGACACAGGAGUCGCAAAUCGGCAAGCCGGCUGCUGACCUUUCCACAAAGAAACCCAAUCCUAUGCUAAAUGGACACCAGGAUUGGCUGGACGGGCUCGUCAAAGCGGCGAGAGAAGGAAAGCGAGAUUGA